UACUGACCUGAAAGCAGCAGCUUUUGUCUUUCAGUGUUCCCUGGAACAGAGCUUGUGACUCCCCAAGUUCUGACACCCCCCCCAUCUAAUCAAUGCUGUUCUGCUCUGUAGCUCCUCCCUCGGGUUGGAGCUCGGAACAUCCCAGGCUGCCUUCAGCCCCCCAACGAUGAGGAAGGGUCCCUAAGGGGAGGGAUGGGCCUGAGGCUCUUGCCCACAUGGCAGUCUCCCCGGCCCCCACCUCAGGCGCUCAUUUUCUAAAGUUUUUGGUCGCCCCCCCAUUUCUUUUUUCUUAAACCCUGACUGUCUUAGUAACCACUCUAAGGCAGAAGGGCAAGGGCUAGGCAACCAGGGUGAAGGGUCUUGUCCAGGGCCACACCACUAGAAAGUGUCCAAGGUCAGAUUUGAACCCAGGACCUCAGACCUCCAGAUCUGGCUCUCCAUCCACUGAACCACCCUCGCUCCCCUGUCGCCUUUAUUUCAAACUCUGCCCUUCCCUUAUUCCUUAUAAACCAAAAUAAAAAAGAGAGCAAAGCUUGACAGCGGUUCCAGUCUGACCACAGAGGCCGCGUCCCACAGCCCUGGAGCCCGCCUCGGUCAAUCAGGACCUGCUGGGCACCCGGAGCCGCGUCUCUACCCUCAGAGAGCUUCCCCGGGCACAAAGGAAGGGGCUCUCCUUCCCCCUCUUCUUUCUGGGUCUCCCUUUCCCCCAUUUUCACACACACACAGAGGCCUUCCCUGUCCAGCACCUCGCUGGCCCAGGGAAGUCCCAUUGUUCCCACCCCCUCCGCCUGGGGAGGGAGGGCCCCCUGGUGUAGCUUCCUCAGGAAAAGCCUUGGGAGGAAAUGGGGAGGGGGAGGGGAGUUGGGGGGGCACCGUCAGACUGACCGAGGCCACACUGACUGCCAUGGGGCCCUGGCUGCCGCCGCUGCUGCUACUCUGGCUUCAGGGGGUCCUGGGGGAGCUGGAGCUGGACCCCACGGGGAGGCACGUCUGCCAGGACGGAAGCUCCCCCUUGAAGUCUGUGUGCUGUCCAGGCUGGAGGCAGGAGGGCCGGGAGUGCACGGCCCCCAUCUGCGAGGGGCCUGAUGCUUGUGAGGAAGAAGAGGUAUGUGUGAAACCAGGACUCUGCCGGUGCAAGCCCGGCUUCUUCGGGGCCCAGUGCAGCUCCCGCUGCCCUGGCCAGUACUGGGGCUCUGAUUGCCGCCAGAACUGCCCCUGCCAUCCCAAUGGGCAGUGUGAUGCCGUCACGGGCGAGUGCACCUGCAACAAAGACCACUGGGGUGGGCAGUGCCAGUUCCUGUGCCCGUGUGGCCUCCACGGGCACUGUAACCCCCUGACAGGGGCCUGCCGCUGUGAGCCAGGCUGGUGGACAGACUCGUGCCGCAAAGCCUGCCAGUGCAGCUCCUACUCUUCGGGCUGUGACCAGCUGACGGGCGCCUGCCAGUGCAAGCCAGGCUGGUGGGGCAGACGCUGCAGCUUUCGAUGCACGUGCCAUCACUCUGCCUGCAACCAGAACACGGGCCACUGCAUCUGCCGGGAUGGCUGGUGGGGGCCCGAGUGCCAGAAACGCUGUACCUGCCAGCACGGCCACUGCAAUCCCACCAACGGGCACUGUGUCUGCCACCCGGGCUACCAGGGCCCCCUGUGCGAGCAAGCCUGCCCCGCCGGUCGCUACGGGGUCCAGUGCCUGGACAGCUGUGGUCACUGCAGGCAGAAGGAGCCCUGCUCUCCUGACACAGGGACUUGCCUGGCCUGUGAGCCUGGCUGGAACGGAACCCGCUGCAAUCAGCUGUGCCCGCCGGGCACCUAUGGGGACAACUGUGGGCAGCUCUGCCCCCAGUGCCGGCAAGGUGAGGCUUGCCAGCCAGCCAGUGGGCACUGCCAGCACUGUGACCCAGGGCGAACAGGGCCCAGGUGUGAGGAGCCCUGUGCCCCCGGCACGUUCGGGGAGGCCUGUGGGUCUGUGUGCCCACCCUGUGUCGAGGGCACGUGUGAUGCCGUGACUGGGGACUGUGUCUGCAGCGCAGGCUAUUGGGGCCCCAGCUGCAAUAUUUCCUGCCCGUUUGGUUUCUAUGGAGCCAACUGUUCCUCUCCGUGCCCCUGCCCGGAGGGGCCCUGCCACCCUGCCUCUGGGACCUGUGAACUGGGGUUUCAAGGCCAGGGCGCCCUCCUCGCUGGCAUCCUGGUUCCCCUCCUGCUGCUGCUCCUGGGCAUCGUGGCCUGUGUCUCCUGCUGCUGCUGGGCAGCUCAGCCUGACCCCAAGGACAGGCUGGCCAGAGAUGGGGCCACUGUGUCCAGAGUAAAGCUGCAGGUCAGGGGGGCCCUGAGCAGCCUGGGCUCGGCACUGCCCUGCGGCUCCCUCAGCAAUCACAAGCUGCCUCGGGUCACAGUGUCCCACCAUGACCCCGAGAUCCCCUUCAAUCACAGCUUCAUUGAGCCGCCCUCGGCAGGCUGGGCCUCCGACGACUCCUUCUCUUCUGACCCCGACUCUGGGGAAGAGGAUGAGGACCCCGCUUACUGCGUGCCACCCCAACAAGAGGAGGAAUUCCAAGAGACUCAUCAGGCAGGAAGACCCCCGUCUGCGCCAGAUGAUGCAUCGGCCCCUUUUGCCAUCCCCCGGACGUCCAGCCUGGCCCGAGCCAAGCGGCCAUCUGUGUCCUUUGCUGAAGGCACCAAGUUCGGGCCCCAGAGCUCCCAGGGCUCCGCGGAGCUGGCCAGCCCCUCCAGAAAGCCCAAGAGACUGUCGCGCGCGGCCCAGCCCCCAGCCGAAGGGCAGGAGGCCGAGGGACUCGAGGGUCCCGAGCGGCCGCAGGAGCCUCCCAGCCCUGCUGCUGCGCAGGGGGAUUUGUCGGGGGGCCCCCGGAGGCUCCCUCCUGGGGGCAGGACUGUGGCCCAGAGGGUGGAGGCCAUUGAGAGUGGCGGCAGGGGAAGCCCAGGCCCCGUGACCACCAUCUACAUGUUGGCGGGGACGCCCGGGGCAGCCGCGGGGCCCGUGCGGGCCGUCCUCCGACGCUUCGGCAGCUUCCAGAAGGGCCGCGCGGAGCCCAAGGCCAAGGGCAGCAUGCCCAAGCCUCCUCGCCGGGCCCUGAGCCGGGAUAGGGGCACCCUGGGCCCUCCCCCCGCUCCCAGCCCUGCCUCCCCCCGGGGCCCGGAGCCUUCUCACACAGCAGGCAGCCAGGGGGAGGGGCCGGGCGGCCCCAAGAGCCCGGCGGACACGGCGGGGGGAGCCCCAGGGGACGGCCCCCACGUGCUGGCGGAGGCCGAGGAGGAGCCUCAGUACGAGAAUGUGCAGCCGGGCGGCCCCCCGUGCUGAGGUCUCUGAGGCUGGCGGAGGGCCUGGGGCGGGUGGGCUCGCUUUCUCCUAAUAAAGGCGCUGGGGCCAAGCCGACAGGCCCGUCCUCUCCUCUUCCUUCUGGAGGCAGCCGC